CUCACUUGUUUCCGCUUCCGGGUUCUGAAUUCAGAACGUCGUGUGAACGCCGCGCUAACAGAAAGUUUGUUCACAGCGGCUUGGAUUUAUUAUGUAUUUCAAUCUUUUAAUAUUAAUGUUUUAGAAUAUAAUUGAUAUAAGAGGAUAUAUUUACCUGGUAAGGACGAAAUCGUCUGGUUGACUAUGUCUCUUCCUAAACGGGAGGUGGAGGAGCUACGGCCCUGGGUGGAACGGACCGUGAAGAAGGUGUUGGGGUUCUCUGAGCCUACUGUCGUUACUGCGGCCCUGCACUGUGUGGGCAAGGGCCUGGACAAGAGGAAGACCACGGACCAGCUGCGUCCAUUCCUGGAUGAGUCUGCCGGUGGGUUCGUGGAGAGACUAUUUGAGGCCCUGGAGGAGAGCCGCAAUUCCCGUGGGAACAAGGGUGCUGGGGAAAGGAACCGCAAGAGAGACCUGAAGGAUGUGUUUGGUGAUGAGGUGGAGGUGGGUGCAAGGCGGGACGUCCCUGAGGCAGGAGAUGGUGUGCCGGUGAAGAGGAAACGUGUCCCCCGCUUCGAGGAGGUGGAGGAACCAGAGGUCCUACCUGCACCCCCUACUGAGAGCCCUGUCAUGCUCACUAAAGUACAGAUCAAACAGAUGAUGGAGGCUGCCACCAGACAGAUAGAGGAGAGGAAGAAACAGCUGAGCUUCGUCCCAGUGUCUUCCCAGCAGAGGCUGCCCCUGCCCACUCCCCAGCCAGACCCCCCCUUCGCCUCUCAUCUUCUCCCCGCUCCCUCUGCCCCCUCCUCGGGCUCGGCCCAGUCCAUCGCUCCCUCCCAGGCAGCUACUUUCAUGAACGAUGCCAUUGAGAAGGCUAGGAAGGCUGCAGAGCUGCAGGCCCGCAUCCAGUCGCAGUUAGCCAUGAAGCCUGGUAUACUGGGAGCCAUUGGGAACACUGGAGGACCUCAUAACCUGGUGGCGCUGGCCAACCUACACGCCAUGGGGAUAGCACCACCGAAGGUGGCAGAGGCCCGCGAGUCAAACAAGCCGGCCCCUCUGAUUCUGGAUGAUAUGGGUCGGACCGUGGAUGCCAGCGGCAACGAGGUGGAGCUAACACACCGCAUGCCCACCCUCAAAGCUAAUAUCCGUGCGGUGAAGAGGGAGCAGUUCCGUCAGCAGUUGAAGGAGAAACCUGGCGAGGACCUGGAGUCCACUAUCUACUUUGACGGGCGUGUUAACAUAGCACCCGCCCAGCGAGCCAAGAAGGGCUUCAAGUUCCAUGAGCAGGGACGCUUUGAGAAGAUUGCCCAGAGGAUCAGAACUAAGGCCCAGUUGGAGAAGCUGCAGACAGAGAUCGCCCAGGCAGCCAAGAAGACUGGGAUCCAGGCCUCUACCAAGCUGGCCCUCUUUGCCCCCAAGAAGAUGCUGGGGGACGGGCAGGUGCCCAUCAUUGAGUGGUGGGACUCGUACAUCCUCCCCUCCAACAUUGACCUAUCCACAGAGACCAAUUUUGUGGCGAUGGAGUUGUUUGGAGUCACAAACCUGGUGGAGCACCCUGCUCAGAUCAGCCCCCCAGUGGACACAGACAAGCCAGGAGUGACUCUGGGAGUGUACCUGACUAAGAAGGAACAGAAGAAGCUGAGGAGACAGACUCGCCGGGAGGGACAGAAAGAGCUUCAGGAGAAGGUCCGACUGGGGCUCAUGCCACCCCCAGAACCUAAAGUGCGCAUCUCUAACCUGAUGAGAGUGCUGGGUACGGAGGCAGUACAGGAUCCCACUAAGGUAGAGGCCCACGUCAGAGCACAGAUGGCCAAGAGACAGAAGGCCCAUGAGGAGGCCAAUGCAGCCCGGAAGCUCACAACCGAGCAGAGAAAAGAGAAGAAGGUGAAGAAGCUGAAAGAGGACCUGAGUCUUGGAGUUCACAUCUCCGUCUAUAGGAUCCGUAACCUCCACAACCCGGCUAAGAAGUUUAAGGUGGAAGCUAACGCCAACCAGCUGUACCUGACGGGCACCGUGGUGCUACACCGAGACGUCAACAUGGUGGUGGUGGAGGGAGGUCCCAAAGCCCAGAAGAAGUUCAAGAGGCUCAUGUUGAGCAGAAUCAAAUGGGAAGAACACAACUCCAAGAGAGAUGAUCCAGAUGCAGACGAUGAGACCAAGAAGAACAACAGAUGCAGCCUGGUCUGGGAGGGCACGGCUAAGGAGCGUAACUACGGGGAGAUGAAGUUUAAGCAGUGUCCUACAGAGAACAUGGCUAGAGAACACUUUAAGAAGCACGGAACAGAACACUACUGGGACCUGGCUCUGAGCCAGAGUGUGCUGGAGAGCACUGAUGACUGAAGGGAGAGCAUCACUAGAAAGCUGAGGAGGCAGAAGGAUCCCUUACCACUGACCCAGGGUCCGAUAGUUGUUCAUCCUCAUAAUGGUUAGGAGUUAUCUGAUCCUGGAUCAGUGGUGAAGCGCAUUGAUACCUCGUGCACCAGAGACAUGCAAAGGUCAGGGGUGAUUCUACCCCUCUUACAGAUACAUUCACAACCCCAACCCGGCCUUGUAUGGCUGACUGCCUGCCUGUUAUUGUGUGGUGACUUGACUUAAGACAGGGAGGAGACUGAUUGGGAGUGAAUGAAUGAAAGGAAGUGCUGGUUGGAGAAUGGAUGAGGGCGUAGAUUAGGAGGGAUAUAUGGUGUGUGUAUAGAUAUUAUUGAGCGAGGUGUACACUGUUCUGCAAUCACAUUUUGUGGAAGAGUUGAUAACUGUGAGACCAUCUUUCUAGCAGUUAGUGUCAUUCAGGUUGUCAGUUGCUGUGUGUCAGUGUUUAAUACUUUGUCUGGCAUCUCUCCACUGUGUGAGUGUUCUAUAGCUUGCUAUUGACUUCUCUACCUGACUACAGUUCCUGAGUAAGCGCAUUUGUGGUCCAAAUACAGUUCUGAAAUAUUGCCGCAAUGUACUAUUCCCAAGCAAAAGCCCUGUUUCGAAUAAACAAAAACCAACCUAUCAACGUAGAAGUAACUAAAGACUUUGAAACGUAUGAGAUCGUACAUUUGACUAUGGUUUGUGUCAUGUUUUUGGCCUUUUAUUGUAAUUUUAAAGAAAAUUGAUACAAUUGUUUUUUGUGGAAUGACCACAUUUAGUGGAAUGACCACAUUAAGUCAAGUAUUGACUGACCCAAAAUUGUUUUAUUUUCUGUAUAUGUUUGUUUUGGAUAAAGUGUCUUCCCUUAAUGUUUGAUCCUGUAUAUGUAGCCAAUAAACACAUGCAGGACAAUACAAUACA